AGUUAAAGUCUUGAUCUUCAGCUCAGUCAUCGAGCUUACGUGUGCGCUUUGUGUGUCUUCAGGGACAGUAGAAGGUGUAAUCUUGAGGCUGUUUAAACCGAAACCAUGGCCAAGGACAUGACUCUGCUGUGGGGCUCCGGCUCUGCUCCCUGCUGGAGGGUCCAGAUCAUGCUGGAGGAGAAGAAGCUGCAGGGCUACGACCAAAAACUGCUCUCCUUCGAGAAAAUGGAGCACAAGUCCCAGGAAGUCCUAGAUAUAAACCCGAGGGGUCAGCUUCCGUCUUUCAAACAUGGAAACAUCAUCGUGAAUGAAUCCUACGGUGUCUGUUUUUACCUGGAGAGCCAGUUUAAAAACCAGGGAACCAAACUAAUCCCAGAUGACACUGACCAACAAGCUCUGAUGUACCAGCGCAUGUUUGAGGGUCUCACAUUCUACGAUAAAGUCCUUACUGUUAUCUACUAUGAAUAUUUCGUCCCUAAAGGAGAGAGGCACGACUCAGCUGUGAAGAGAAACAAAGAGGCUCUGGAGACUGAGCUGAAGCUCUGGGAAGGAUACCUGCAGAAGCUGGGCGCUGGCUCUUACUUGGCAGGACCAUCUUUCACGCUGGCCGAUGUGGUUGUUUUUCCAACUGUUGGUAUUCUUUUCCGAUUUGGGUUAUCUGCUCAGCGUUACCCUAAACUGGGAGAGUAUUAUGGUCUGGUGAAGGAGAGACCCAGCGUCAAAGCCAGCUGGCCUCCUCAUUGGGUGGAGGACCCAAAGGGAGACGAGGACACCCUGAAGGACUUGUGAUAUCCAUACACUCUUGUUAUUAUGAUGUUCCGGUGUGGCCUCUAAUGCAAAGCUUUUGCUUUUGCCUACUAAAAGCUUAGCUAACAGCUUGAUAAAUAUGAUACAGCUCUGAUUUUGAUUAUUGGUGCUGUGAAAUAAAUUGUUGGCUUACGAAAAAGUUCUGAAUACGUUAGGGGAUUACAGGUGCAGAUAUGUGGUUCUUUGAUUUUGAUCCCUCUCUUGUCAAAUCUUUGACCAAAAAAUGUAUAAAUGCAGGCUGUGUUAAACUAUACAUCAUUAGAUGGUUGCAGGGUGACAGCAGCAGGAAGACUGUCAUGAUGACAUAACAGCUUUUGUUUCCCCCAUACACUGUGUUUAGAACUAACAUCAGUCUGUGUCAACUCAUACAUGUACAUGCUACUAUGUCAAAAGUUUCUAAUGCAUUCACAGUUCGUGUGAAGUCAGUGUGUGUUAAUACAUUCAUAUCAGUUAGCAUUUCUGUGCAUUCAUACCACAUUAACUGAUAUAUUGGGGCUAUAACAUAGUGUACACUGUAAAUUCCAAUCUCACAUUUCCUCCGUGUCCUAGUAGAAAAGGUAGGCGGAGUCAGAGGAAAUAACCUCUGUGUUCAUUAUUUGAAUGUCAGAAGUAGCUUGCUCUGCACAAAGGUAGUUCAAAUGCCCUGUGUGAUUUUUGCAUAAAUGAAAGUGUUCAAUAUUGUGUCCUUUGCAUGAUUUUUGCAUUUUCAGUUUCAUGCACAGCCUUUUGGAGACACACCAGCCAUACUUUAUGUUCAACUAUGUCACUUCAAUAAACAGUAGAUGUGUA